GGCACGAACUGAAGCAUGUGGCGCUUCUUGGCAUACAAUGCUAUGAUAAAGUAAUCGAGGCCUUCGAAGCUGCACUCUUGAAGGUGGACUAUGCACUCGACAAACUGACAGGACGUCAGCAAUAUGACAGUCCAUCUCAGAUAGAAGACGCUAUUAAACAGGCCAUUGAUGCCCAACUGGAAAAUGCCCCGCUUCGUCUACUCAACACAUUCACUGGCCAUGUAUGUGAUCGAGAGGCGCAAAUAAAUACCUUCAUGGAGAGCGCAGAGUACAAGGAGAUUAAAUCAUUAUCGAUCACGCAUGCGCCUCUCCCAAUAGAGCCAAUCAAAGAAGCGGUUGCGGUGUACUUCAGUUGGGCCAUGUUAUCGCAUAGGUGGGAUACCAAGGAGCCCGGGCUGCACGACAUUCAGGAGAAGGAUGUGUACACGUUGGAUCCGGUGGGAACCGUGGUGAAGUUGCAGAUGUUCUGCGAAGUUGCUCGUGAUGCUGGGCAUCGCUGGGCAUGGAGCGAUACAUGCUGCAUCGACCAGAAAAACAACGCCGAGCUCUCACGAUCGGUUAACUCCAUGUUCGUCUGGUAUCAUAACUCGGCUCUUACGAUAGUCUACUUGUCGGACGUCCCACCUUCGUCGAAGUCUGGCGCGCUGGCGAAGAGCGCUUGGAACACGCGAGGAUGGACUGUUCAGGAGUUCCUCGCUCCGGGAGUUGUCAUCUUUUACCAAGCAGAUUGGACUCCGUAUCUCGGAGACUGUUCUCCCAACCACAAGAAGUCAGCCACCAUCAUGCAGGAGUUAGCGAAUUCAACAGGCAUAGAUGCACGAUCCCUCCUCACAUUCCGUCCGGGCAUGACAGAUGCGCGAGAGAAACUUCGAUGGGUAUCGAAGCGUAUCACCACAUUGGCGGAAGAUGUCGCAUACUCAUUGUUCGGCAUCUUCGGGAUCCAUUUACAUAUCCUUUAUGGCGAGACAAAAGAAAACGCGCUCGGGCGACUCUUACAGGAGGUCAUCGCUCGGUCGGGCGAUAUUACUGCCCUGGAUUGGGUCGGGAAACCAUCUGGGUUCAAUAGCUGUCUCCCAGCCGACAUUGCUUUUUACAACGCUGCGCCAUCCACGUUACCAUCUCUAUCUGAGAGUGACAUGCAAGCAUCAGUCUCCAAGCUGCAAAGUGCUGUGACUGCGAAGUCAGCUUCAGCGCUGUAUAACGACCUUGACAUUCUCUCUGCUCCUCGUUUCGCACAGAACAGACUGCACCUGCCCUGCAUCGCGUUUCGUCUCACAGAAGUCACACGGAGCGCUGACUCAGAGGGCCAGGAGACGAGCUAUACUCGGUAUAAUGUCAAGGCAAAGGGGCUCCGAGACCUGCUAAUUACGACGAAAGACAAACUCGUUGAAUUUUCGCCUGCGCAGCCUACGCAGCAGAAAUUCGUCCUCGUCCGUCCGUGGAAUCGUUAUGACUUCGGGCUGCCUGACUUUGCGGAUGAUGCACCUCGGAGCAAGGAUGAUUCGUCCGAGCGCAGGUAUCCUGGAGACAUUGAGCCAGUCGAUUCUCAAUUGCGAGAGUCAAGGUUGAUCGUUCGCCUUGGACAGCCUUUUGGCGCGCUUUUGCUAGCGCAGCAGCGUGGUGGGGAAUAUAAGAGAAUCGCUUCAGAUCGCAAAAUCAUGGCGAGGGUCAAGGGCAUGACAGGGGACAAGGACAUGACUGCUGUUUAUUCAAAGAUGAAAAUCGGGACACUAGAGAUAUUGUAGUGUAUUCGUAUUUUGGCAGUGCCU